AUGGCUUUGAGGCUCUGGACCACGUCAGCAACAAAGAAGAACAGAGGGGACAGCAGUAUAAUGUAUGGUCGUGGAGGAACGGCAGGCUACAAAGCAACUACCCCGACUCGUAUACGCGCCUUCAUCCUCGACACCUCCCGCUCGAAGUCAGGCUCCAGCUACAAAGAGCGGCGAGAUCAGGUCGCCCAAGCACCUCCGCCUCUCAUCCCUCCUCUCCCUCAUACCGACCAUCUCCUUUCUUUCGUACCCCCUUGA